ACGCCUUGAUAAGCCUCAACCGUUCGGUGUAGUCACUUUUAUAAACACAACAUACAACUAAAUUGUUCCAGUUCGAGUGUGACCGUCGCAAGUGGAAUACGUACCAAAGGUUUCUUUUGCUGCGUUCUUUUUUUAUAAACCAAAAAAGUAAUAAUUUCUUCGCGAUAGUUUUUUUUAGUUAUUGCGUACGGGAAAUUUAAUUUAAAAAAAAAUAUCAAAAUGGGUGUUAGUUGUGGAAUGAGCAUUGUUAAAUACGUUUUAUUCAUCUUUAACUUAUUGUGUGCGCUAUGCGGCAUUGCCCUGCUGACAAUAGGUAUAAUUGUCCUGUUGAAGGCUUCGGAACUUGAGAAGCUCUUUGGGGAUUACAAUGCAAUCGCCGCACCUAUUUUGCUCAUUAUCCUGGGCUCGGUUGUGUUCGUAAUAGCAUUCUUUGGCUGUUGCGGCGCCAUCAGGGAGUCUCAUUGCCUAACUAUGACAUACGCUACGUUCUUGCUUAUCCUUAUCAUUGGACAAAUUGUAAUUGCUGCCAUCACUUUUGCCUUCGCUGGAGACAUUGCAACAGCUAUGACUAAAGCCUUUGAGAGGAUAUUCCAUGAGCAAAACCUCGAUGUCAACAGGGAACUCGUCGUUACCGUCCAGAGUCAAUUGGAGUGCUGUGGUCUUGCUGGACCUCAAGAUUGGGGCACUGACGUCCCACCAAGUUGCUGCGCACCCGGUACAGCCAACUGCAACAUUAUAAAUGCUUUCCAAGUUGGCUGUACGUCUGCCCUGGAGGAUUGGGUUGAUAUGUCCAAGCAUAUCAUUGCCUGGGUUGCUCUUGGCGUGGCUGUUAUUCAGCUCGUGGCUCUAAUCUUCGCGUGCUGCCUUGGGAAUCACAUACGGAACGAGCGAAGAAGGUAUGCUUAAAAAAAAUGAGCUUGGAGACACAAAAAAUGCUUUUUCUGAAAAGUAACCUUUUAAGCUCUAUCCUCUUAACUGUUACGAUCCACAAUAAACAUAUAAAACAAAUUACAUUUCUGAUUACACAGCCUAACCAUGAGCUGAAUUAUUCAUGAGACACACACAAACCACAAAAAAAAACCAUCAAGGGGGAUUUCCAAGAGAAAAUUUUCAAAAAAAAUAACCAUACAGCAUCAAGUAACAAGCACAAAUCGUUUUAAAAAAUUGUAUGUACUUCAUAUUUUUAUGUUCAAUAAAUUUUUUAUUAAAUAA